GCUGAUAUACAGAAGCUAACUGCUAAGAGAUAGAAGCUUACUGCUAAGAAAUAGAAGCUGUCUCUUAAAGACAGAAGCUAACUGCUGAAAGACAGAAGCUAACUGUUAAGAGACAGAAGCUAACUGCUAAGAGAUAGAAGCUAAUUGCUAAGAGAUAGAAGCUAUCUCUUAAAGACAGAAGCUAACUGUUGAAAGACAGAAGCUAACUGUUAAGAGACAGAAGCAAACUGCUAAGAGACAGAAGCUAACUGCCAAGAGACAGAAACUGGCUGCUAAUAGACAGAAGCUAACUCUAACAGACAGGAGCUAACUGCUGACAGGCAGAGGCUAACUGCCAUGCAUUCUACAGCGUUCUAAUGAACGUGAUAUCACAAGUAUGCCUUGAGAAAAUUUCCUUAAAAUCCAACGUCCAUUUGACCCAAGAAUGAUCUGGUUAGAAUAAGGUGAUUAAAGGUCAGAGAUCACUGUGACCUUGCAUCCAUUCCAUUCUCAUAAACAGGAUAUGUUAACACCAUGACAGGAUUUCUUAGAUUUAGGCACAAACAUUCACUUUGAGUCAACGACGAUGUGAUUUGAAUUUGGAGGUCAAAGGUCAGAGGUCACUGUGACCUUGCAUCCCUGGCAUUCUCAUGAAUGUGGUAUCAGAAGAACGCCAGAGGUCAUGUUUCUCCAGAAUGAGCUCCACCCGCAAACGCUUCAAACUCACCCCGUCCAAAUCCCAACCCCCCGCCGCCGCAGCCACUGCCCGGAGCAUCAGACCGCCACACUCCAGUCCUCAGCUCAGCUCCCAUGAUGCUUUGCUGCUGCCGUUUCCUCCUGCAGGGGGCGGCGCUCAGGAGGAGGAAGAGGAGGGGUACCUGCUUGUGGAGGAAGACACCACCGACUCCAGCCUCAUCAUCACCAUGGACGACAGUCACGUGGAGGGGAAGGCAGCGAGGAGGAGGGCAAUGAGGAAGAGGAAGAAGAAGCUGACAGAGGAGGAAGAGGAGGAGAGGGGCAGAGCCUCAGAGAGCGAGGAGGAGGAGGAUGAAGAGGCGGAGGUAGAGGUGGAGAUCGACAGGCAGCUUGACCAGUCACUGGAGACCAAGUCCAAACAGCACAACUUGACCACGGUCAAUGUCCGCAACAUCAUCCACGAAGUGAUCACCAACGAACAUGUGGUGGCCAUGAUGAAAGCUGCCAUCAAUGAGACCGAGGCCGUCCCUCCAUUUGAGCUGAAAAUGACUCGAUCCAAGUUUAAAGAGGUCGUGGAGAAAGGAGUGGUGAUUCCAGCCUGGAACAUUUCUCCCAUAAAGAAGACAAGUGACGUCAACAAGGCUCCUCAGUUUGUGGACAUUCCUCUGGCUGAGGAAGACUCCUCUGAUGAAGAGUACCGUCCUGAUGAGGAAGAGGAGGAUGAGACGGCUGAAGAUACGUUCCAGGAGAGCGACAUGGAGAGCACGGCGUCGUCCCCCAGAGGAAGUCGUGUGAGCAGAGUGGAUGAUGACAGCUGCAGCCCCUGGCAGACUUCUCGGAGCAGCUUUAGGCGUUUGAGAGCGAGGCCUGUCUCUAUGGGACCUCCCCCUCCUCCCAAAGCCCCACCCCCUAGAGCGGCGACUGACAGCACCUUCCUGGAGAAGCUUCACGCUGUGGAGGAGGAGCUAGCUGUGUGCAUGGAGCCCUACCAGCCGCUGUCGGAGUCAGAGGAUGAGGUGGGGCUGAUGGCGUACAGAACGCGCUCCAAGCGUCCUCUACGUGAUGUCCCGCUGGGCCGACUGGAGGCGGAGCUCCGAGCUCCUGACAUCACACCUGACAUGUACGACUCCAGCUCGGCCCACGAGGACAGGGAGUGGACUGAUUGGCUGAGAGGCCUGAUGACAUCAGACAUGGAAAAUGAAGAGGAGUGUGAUGAUGAAGAUGAUCCAGAGUACAACUUCCUGGCUGACAUCGAUGAACCUGAUGUUGAGGAUUACCGUGACGACAAGGCCGUCCGCAUCACCAAGAAGGAGGUGAACGAACUGAUGGAAGAGCUGUUUGAGACGCUGAAAGAAGAUCUGGCGGGACAGGAAGUGGAAGAUGACGGCCAUGAAGAGGAGGAGCCACAGGAGGAGCCUCACUCUGUUCAAACGCACACAGCUGAGGAGCUGCACCACACAGGACCAGACGGAGACGGACCAGUCACAGAGCUGCGUACGGUGAAGCAGCAGCUUGCAUCCAUCAGGAAGAGACAGCAGACACACACACUGUGUAACACACACACACACAGUCCAGAGCCGUACACACUGAAGCUGGGAGGACCGCAGAGGGCCCGCCUCCAGCAGCAGCUACAACAGAGGUUCGAGAUUCACCCUGAGAUGCUGAAGGCUCUGGACAUUGUUGGGCUCUCUCUGCUGACAUGCCUUUUCAGUGUCACAUGGAGGUCCGAUACGGUGCCUGCAGAGUGGCAGUCCAGGGUGGUGAUCAAAUCACACUGCUCAGCCUCCCAGGGCUGCUGGGGGGGUUGUGGGAGUUUGCCCAUCCAGUCUACGUGUGGACUUGGAGAAGGGUUACGACUGCGGGCGUCUUUUGGGGGGUACCAGGGUCGCCGCUACGAGCCAUCUGGUUCCUGUGAGAGCUGCAUCUGCCUCCUGCCACCUGUAAAGUCAAUCACGUUCUCGCAUGUCCAGCUGCUGACUCAGAUCCACCUGCUGAGCUCACCUGUGGUCAGACUACAAAGCGAGGCUGAGACCACCCGACAGUUCCUGUUUGAGUUGGACCUGUUGGCUCAGAGGGGUGAGCUGCUGAUGUCAUCAGGGCGUCCCGGUUUCCGCAGCGCCUUCAGAGCCUCCAACCUGCAGGGGGCCCUGCAGCUGCUGGAGGAGCUGCAGCAGACUCCCAUCAGCCACCAGCAGCAGCACCACCCUCCGGACGCCAGAGGACACAUGCGUUGUUACCCCGUCCUGCCAACUGAACUUGCCUGGCUCUUCGCCACCCGUCUGGUCUUCCUGUACCCAGAGCUGCUGCCCUGCGCCAGCCUGGACCCGGCUCUGUACUGUCCCCGCAGGACGGCGGCGUUCACUGCAGCUGAGGACUGCCUCCUGGUCCUCGGCCUCAGAAACAUGGAGGGGUCAUGUGACCCGACGAAGCUGGUGUCUCAGUUCCUGCUGAGGAAGACUCUGGUCCAGGUGAGGCGGAGGAUCCUGCAGUGCUGCAGACCUGGUUCCCCUGACAACAUUGUCAAGGCCUUCAGGUACCAGCGGGUGUUGUGGCCAAUGAUGGUAGCGUGCCGGCCGGUGGAGCCGUCAGAGCAGCGCCCCCCAGUGGAGAGGGAGGAGGAGUCAAUGCCCCUGUGGCUGCUGAGGAGCCUUCCUGUCAUCUACCCGACCAUCAGAGACUACAACAGCCCCUCUGGCUCCGCCCCAGAGGCCCUGCUCCCCUGCAGGUCAGGUGGUGCCCGCCAGAGUCACAUGACCCUCCGGCGCUCUGCGUCCCAAAUCUACAGCUUCCCUCCUGGCACCAAGUACCCGCCCCGCCUCCCCAAACAGCUCGACUUCAGACGCAUCGGCUUUGUGCAGCUGCAGCAGCCCCUCCCCCCUCCUCCCCCUGACCCCGCCCCCCUCCCUGACAAACAGGUGGGCGCCUCCCCCCUCCCUGACGGACAGGUGGGCGCCUCCCCCCUCCCUGAUGGACAGGUGGGCGCCUCCCCCCUCCCUGACAGACAGGUGGACGCCUCCCCCCUCUUUGACAAACAGGUGGACGCCUCCCCCCUCCCUGACGGACAGGUGGGCGCCUCCCCCCUCCCUGAUGGAGAGGUGGGCGCCUCCCCCCUCCCUGACGGACAGGUGGGCGCCUCCCCCCUCCCUGACAGACAGGUGGGCGCCUCCCCCCUCCCUGACAGACAGGUGGGCGCCUCCCCCCUCUUUGACAAACAGGUGGGCGCCUCCCCCCUCCCUGACAGACAGGUGGGCGCCUCCCCCCUCCCUGACGGACAGGUGGGCUGCCCACGAGCUCUCAGGCCUCCCCAGGUUCUCCUCCGCCGCCUCCUCCUGAGCAGGACUGACACCCCCCCUGACGUCAUCAGUACCGCUACCGUCUGCAUGACAACCAGAGAUCGAAUCAGGCACCACUACAAGACCCUCGCCAGCCUGAGGAAGAGGAGGAGGAAGAGGAGGAGGAGGUCAUUGUCUGCUUCACCUCCUGCCCAGAACAGAGGAGGAGUGAGGAGGAGGGAAGGAGAGGAUGUAACUCCUCCUCUUCCUCCAGAAGGCCCCGCCCCCUCACAGGUGGAGAUGCAGGAGGGUGAUGAUGUCAUCAAGACAAGUGAGGAGGAGGGGGAUGAAGAGGAGGAGAGCGAGGUCCUCCUGGCGCUCUCUGAGUCCUCGUCCAGCUCAACAGAAAGUGUGGCACUUGAGGAGGAGGCGGAGUUAGAGAGUGGACAGGAAGUGACCUUGACACCAUCCAGAGCAGCAGCAGCAGAAGAUGAUGAUGAUGAUGAUGAUGAAGAUGAUGAAGGAGAGGUGUCUUCAGAUGAGUCCAUCCUCCAGCUGCAGGAGGAGGAGUCCUCAGAGGAUGAUGAAGGUCAGAGGAAAUGUGAGGACGAGGCGUUCGCUCAGGAUUACCUGCUCAGAGUGUGUGAUGCGGUGCAGGUGUCCCCAGGCGUCUCUGAACAGCUGCUGCAGCUGUUGGAUCGGUCCUCGGCGGCAGCGGCAGAGGUUCUGUACAACGGACUGAAGUGUGUCCUGCAGCCGUGGCCUCAGCUGACCAGAGACUUCGCUGCCUUCCUGAGUCGAGGACAGGCCCACCGCUGUGGGCUGCUGGAGGAGCAGCAGCUGUUUGAACGCAGCCGGCGGUUUCUGCGGCUACUGGGGCGGAGCCUGGGAGAAGGCUCCUCCCUCUACCAACAUGUGGUGUCAGUGCUGCAGGCAAGCUCCACCCCUCCACCUGAGGACAUGGAGCAGAUCUCCUCUCUGCUCAGACGCCACUCUGACCUGCAGGAGGAAUUCUGGGAAUUCUUCAAGCAGCUUCACGGCCAGUCGUCACCAGUAGCAACUGGCCCAAAGACCAUAGAGAGGGACUGCAUCACCCAGAAUCCUCCUGACGGGAACAGGAAGAGAGCUGAGGCAUCUGAUGAGUUGGAGCGACCCGUCUGUGCCAAAAACAUCUCCAUGACCUCGAGUGGAGAGAAGGUCAUCGUCUGGACACGCGAGGCAGACCGCGCCAUCCUGACAGCCUGUCAGCAGAGAGGAGCCAAUCAGAAAACCUUCAGACAGGUCUCCACCCAACUGGGAAACAAGACUGCCCAACAGGUGAGCCGGCGCUUCUACGACCUCAUGAACCUUUUCCACUCCGCCUUCCAAAAGGGCCAGCCAAUCAGCCGACAGGACGCAGCCCGGGACUGAAUGCGUGGCCAAUCAGAGACGAGAAUGUGUUCCAGAUGGAAAAUGUGUCGUGUUUCCGUUACACCCAGACAGUGUUACUAUAAGCUAAUAAAACAUGAUCCAUGAAUGUA